AUGCCUCCAAGUAGUCGCAUCAGCUCUCGUCGCGGGGGUGUGGAAGCGCAAUCCAUCGGCCUCGAGGACGAGCUCAGCUUUGGCUCGGACGAAGACCUCAUCGAGACCAUCGGCGAGAUCCGAGUUCCAGACGAGACCCACGACUCGCGGUCCAUCGCCUCGGUGUCGUCGUCCGCUAGCAAUCCAAGGCUCCCAGAAGCAAAGGCCAGCCGCACAUUUGGUCGCGGCCGCAAAGACCGCAGCGGCUCCAGCACCUCCAAGGCGUCGCUUGCAAGUACCACCCACCUACUCCCACCUCUGCCGCCCGUGCCUGCGGGCUCUACCCUCGACCUGCCUGCCAACAUGUUCACCGAGCGCGAGAAGCCUGGCAGCAAACGCGGAUCCAUCAUGGGCGCGUUCAAGUCGAAGAGCAAGGGCCUGCGCAGCAAGUUCCGAGACGACCAGAGCAGCACGCGCAGCAGCAGCCUUGCCACGGACUCGCAGAGUAUACGCUCAAACCUGAGCUUGAGCAAAAUCGGGUCCAAUGCCUCUUCACGACCGUCGGUUUCAUCGUCUUUUGCCCACACACCAACUGGUGGGCCAUCCCCGAGCUCAACCGUGCCUCACUUGGGUCCGCUCACGUUUGACCCGUCGUCGGACCCUGGUUUCCAUUCUGAGCUCAAGCAGCCUCCUGCCGGACACAACCUCACUUUGCACAAUUCGGUACGCAACGCGGACACGUCGGGGUCGCGGACCACUACGCCCUCGCCAGCAAGCAGCGUUGGCCAAAAGGCUUGGAGUCCCAAGGAGGUCUCGAGCCCCAUCUUACCCCGCUUCCCCGCGACACUUGGGUCACUCGAGCCCAUCACCGUGUUCAGUGCUGAGGCAUCCAAGCGGCCCUCAUCGACAUCCCGCACGCCGUUCCCGAACCGCUGGACGCCAUGUACCUUGGUGUUCACGCAGUUCAAGGUGUCGCUGAACGGAGAGGACUCGAACCCUGGAGACGACGAGCGUACUGUCGCACACGUCCACGUCUACUCCAAGUCGGCGCAGGCUAUCAACGGUAUGGGGAGUAUGGGGUCUGUCGGAUCUGCUGUCCGCCGCUCGAGGUCUACCGCUGGGUUCAACACCGACUCUGCGGGUGGGCGCAUCGAGGUUGAGCGGCGCUGGCUCUCACGAUCGACGACGGCGUCAGUGUACGACGAUGCCCCCAACGCGGACGGACGAUCGGUGGUGAUGCGUAUCCUCUGGGGCGACGACGAUCGUUCCAAGACGUCGGAGUGGGUUGUCGAGAUGAAGGACGCGCGGCAGUUGCACGAGUGGAUCCGCCAAAUUAAGAAGACGGCCAUCAUGAUCAACGCCGAGGAGCUGGGGUACGGACAUGCUAUCCGCACGGCGUUCGAGACGAGGGGCGUAUCGGCCGACGAGUUGGCGCUACAGCUGAGCAGUCAGGCAAGGGCUGUAGCAGAUGGGUUGCCAGGCGUUCAACAUUCGCCAACAGCAGGGUCCACCGGCGCAGCGAGUCAGGAGGAGCGCCGGCGCCCAUCCCUUGAUGCAACGCAGGGGGCGUCACUUGUACGCUGUCACUCGGCCGGUGAGGUUGACAAGCCCAAUGGGUCUUCUGGCCUUGCGCACCGUAGCACGGGAUCCAACGAGAAGAUGGGCCCUUCACAGGUCGCUGUGGUCGACUGGUUUGGCGACGCGAAUGGCAACACCAACGGCGGUCCUAGAUCAAAGAACCUCAGUGGUGUCUUUGACGGGCUCAACCUUGGUCUCGCGUUCCCCACGCCUCCAUCCGACCUUCCUCCUCCCCGUCCGCUGCGGAAAACCCAGCUGGCUCCCCCUCCUACAGCUCCUCCUCCUGCCAUACCGCAUAUCAACCGCGUGGCAGCCGACGACGACUCUGACGUGCUCCCGGCCCCAAGUCCGACUGUUCCACACAUGAGAACGGACCACCAUUUCCGUAAGCCGGAAAGCGUGCACAGCGAGGCGCCGAGUCAGACGUCGAGCACGAGUCACUUGCGGCGCCUGCGGGGCAAGCCACAGGUUGUGGAUGUUAUGGCAGAGUUUAGCGCCAUCGAAGCCGAGAACAUGCCGCCAGAGGAGGACGAAGAGCCGAUCCGCGAGGACCGGUCUCGUCGUAUCCGCUUUGCAGAGGCCUAG